CCCUGUCUGCGGCGAGGUGGGGUCUGGCGUUUGCCCCGGAAGUGGCUUCUUCAGCUGACAGCUGCUUUUAAGGUGGCGGCGGCUGCGGCAGCAACUCCGGAGCAAGAUGGCGCUGCGGCCGGGAACCGGAGCUGGCGGCGGCGGAGCUGCGGGAGCUGGCACGGGGGCCGCCGGGGGAGGCAGCUUCAUGUUUCCGGUUGCAGGUGGAAUAAGACCCCCUCAAGCAGGUCUGAUGCCGAUGCAGCAACAAGGAUUUCCUAUGGUCUCAGUUAUGCAGCCUAAUAUGCAAGGCAUGAUAGGAAUGAAUUACAGCUCUCAGAUGUCCCAAGGACCUAUUGCUAUGCAGGCAGGGAUACCAAUGGGACCGAUGCCAGCAGCGGGAAUGCCUUACCUGGGACAAGCACCGUUCCUGGGGAUGCGUCCCCCAGGCCCACAGUACACUCCAGACAUGCAGAAGCAGUUUGCCGAAGAGCAGCAAAAACGAUUUGAACAGCAGCAAAAGCUCUUAGAAGAAGAAAGAAAAAGACGCCAGUUUGAAGAGCAGAAGCAAAAGCUCAGACUCCUGAGUAGUGUGAAACCUAAGACAGGAGAGAAGAGUAGAGAUGAUGCUUUGGAAGCCAUAAAAGGAAACUUAGAUGGGUUUUCCAGAGAUGCUAAGAUGCACCCUACUCCGGCAUCGCACCCUAAGAAACCAGAUUAUCCCACAACAUCUCAUUCUACUAAAACUGUCUCCCCAUCACCUGCCUUUCUUGAUGAAGAAGAAUUCAGUGACUUUAUGCAGGGGCCUGUUGAAGUUCCCCCAUGUGGGCCUUCUUCCACUUCCCAGCCUUUUCAGUCUUUCCAUCCCACCACCCCACUUGGCCAGUUGCAUACACAGAAGGCUGGAGCACAGCCUCUCCCUCCAGGCCCUUCCUUGGAGGAGAAGCUCCUAGUAUCUUGUGAUAUAAGUACAUCUGGGCAGAAACAAAUUAAAUUAAAUGCUUCUGAAGUUGGGCGCAAAGCCCAAGGCCCAGGUUCCAGUAAGAACCAUCCCAGGUUAACAGCCAAUAACAGGGGUGCUGUAGAUGGACGUGUAAGUGGUACCACUACUGCAGAGGCAGAAAAGACUUCAGACCAAAUCCUGCCCAUUGAAGAGAGUGGUGUGGGAGUAUUUCCUUCACAGGAUCCUGUUCAACCCAGAAUGCCUCCUUGGAUUUACAAUGAGAGUUUGGUUCCAGAUGCCUACAAGAAAAUCUUAGAAACCACAAUGACUCCAACUGGAAUAGAUACUGCUAAACUUUAUCCCAUUCUGAUGUCAUCUGGACUUCCCAGGGAAACUCUUGGACAGAUAUGGGCCUUAGCUAAUCGAACUACACCUGGCAAACUUACUAAAGAAGAACUUUAUACCGUUCUCGCCAUGAUAGCCGUAACACAGAGGGGUAUUCCUGCCAUGAGUCCUGAUGCUUUAAGCCAGUUCCCAGCAGCUCCUGUUCCAACGUUAAGUGGCUUUCCUAUGACUUUGCCCACCCCAGUGAGUCAGCCAACUGGGCUCCCUUCAGGCUCUGCAGGCUCCAUGCCGCUCAACCUCGGACAGCCAGUCAUGGGCAUUAACCUUGUUGGACCAGUGGGGGGAGCUGCAGCCCAGGCUUCCAGUGGCUUCAUGCCAACUUACCCUGCAAAUCAGGUGGUAAAACCAGAAGAGGACGACUUCCAAGAUUUUCAGGAUGCUUCUAAGUCAGGAUCCCUCGAUGACUCAUUCAGUGAUUUCCAAGAGUUACCUGCUUCUUCAAAAACAAAUAAUUCCCAGCAUGGAAACAGUGCCCCGACUUUGUUGAUGCCACUUCCUGGAUCUAAAGCAUCAGCUUCAGUGGAUAAAUAUGCUGUGUUUAAAGGAAUUGCAGCUGACAAGUCCUCUGAAAACACGGUUCCAUUUGGAGAGCCUGGUGAUAAAUAUCGUGCUUUCAGAGAACUUGAACAGACAGCAGAAAGUAAAUCUUCAGGAGAAAACUUUGCAGAAUUUAGAUCUGCAGGAACUGAUGAUGGUUUCACCGAUUUUAAAACUGCCGAUAGUAUAUCACCACUAGAGCCACCAACAAAAGACAAAACUUUUCCAGCAGCCUUCCCCUCAGGAGCUAUACAACAGAAACAACAAACACAAGUAAAAAAUCCUCUGAACUUAGCAGACUUGGACAUGUUUUCCUCAGUUAAUUGCAGCAGUGAGAAACCAGUGUCUUUUUCAGCAGCGUUUCGUGCACCCAAAUCUGUUUCUGCACGACCACAGUUAGCAGGACCUGCAUCAGUGACAACAGCGCUGGCGUCAACUAAGUCUUCUAGUGUGGCUGAUGAUUUUGGAGAUUUCAACCUUUUUGGGGAGUAUUCUAGUCCAGCGUCUGUUGGGGAGCAGGAUGACUUCGCAGACUUUAUGGCUUUCAGUAAUAGCUCUGUUUCAUCUGAGCAAAAGGCAGAUGACAAAUACGAUGCCCUUAAGGAGGAAGCUAGUCCUGUUCCUCUCCCCAGCAGCCUGAGCAGCACAGUGAAGGGUGGCCAGAACCCAGCUGCAGCAUCUACCAAAUAUGAUGUCUUCAAACAGCUUUCCCUGGAAGGAUCUGGACUAGGUGCUGAAGACCUGAAAGAUAGCACCCCUGCAGGAAAAAGUGAUGAUGAUUUUGCCGACUUCCACUCCAAUAAGUUCUCUUCCAUGAACUUGGACAAAUCGCUGGGAGAGAAAGUGGCUUUCAGACACACCAAAGAAGACUCGGCUUCGGUGAAGUCCUUGGAUCUCCCCUCCAUUGGUGGCAGCAGCGUUGGCAAGGAGGACUCUGAAGAUGCGCUCUCUGUUCAGUUUGACAUGAAACUGGCAGAUGUAGGAGGAGAUCUUAAGCAUGUCAUGUCUGAUAGCUCUUUGGAUUUACCGACAGUUAGUGGCCAGCAUCCGCCUGCUGCAGAUAUAGAGGACUUAAAAUAUGCUGCUUUUGGAACCUACAGUAGCAAUUUUGCAGUGAGCACACUUACGAGCUAUGACUGGUCAGACAGGGACGAUGCAUCUCAGGGCAGAAAACUCUCUCCAUUUGUCCUCUCAGCAGGAAGCAGAUCCUCCUCAGCUGCCUCCGUUCUUCAAAAGAAAGAGACUUCAUUCGGUAGUUCUGAAAACAUCACCAUGACAUCCCUGUCCAAAGUCACGACCUUCGCAAGUGAAGAUUCCCUUCCGGAGACUACCUUCCCAGCUUUUGCCAAUUUUAAAGAUGUGAUCCUUCAGACCAGCGAGCAAAGGGAAUAUGAAAGCAGGGACUAUAAAGAUUUCACAAGACAGGACCUGCCUUCAGCUGAACGGAGCCACGAGGCCACGUGUCCAAGCCCAGCUUCCAGCAGUGCUUCUCACGACACCCCCAAAGAAUGUUCAGAUGACUUUGGAGAGUUUCAAAGCGAAAAGCCCAAAAUCAGCAAAUUUGACUUUUUAGUGGCCAAUUCCCAAAGCAAAAUGAAAUCCAGUGAAGAAAUGAUCAAAAGUGAGCUGGCAACCUUUGACCUUUCUGUUCAAGGGUCACACAAGAGGAGUUUGAGCCUUGGUGAUAAAGAAAUAAGCCGUUCUUCUCCUUCUCCGGCUUUGGAGCAGCCUUUCAGAGACCGUUCCAAUACUCUGAGUGAGAAGCCCGCUCUGCCUGUCAUCCGUGACAAGUACAAAGAUCUUACAGGAGAGGUGGAGGAGAAUGAGAGAUAUGCAUACGAAUGGCAGAGAUGCCUGGGGAGUGCCCUAGAUGUCAUUAAGAAAGCAAAUGAUACCUUAAACGGAAUCAGUAGUAGCUCUGUGUGCACAGAAGUGAUUCAGUCAGCUCAAGGCAUGGAAUAUUUAUUAGGCGUUGUUGAGGUGUACAGGGUAACCAAACGUGUCGAGCUGGGGAUAAAAGCCACUGCAGUGUGCAGCGAGAAACUCCAGCAGCUGCUAAAGGACAUCGAUAAAGUAUGGAAUAACCUAAUCGGCUUCAUGUCUCUGACCACACUCACGCCCGAUGAAAAUUCACUGGAUUUUUCCUCUUGUAUGCUACGGCCCGGGAUUAAGAACGCCCAGGAACUCGCCUGUGGAGUGUGCCUUUUAAAUGUGGACUCCAGGAGCCGGAAAGAAGAGAAGCCGGCAGCGGAACAUCCUAAAAAAGCAUUCAACUCCGAAACAGACAGUUUCAAGCUGGCUUAUGGAGGACACCAGUAUCAUGCCAGCUGUGCCAACUUCUGGAUCAACUGUGUGGAACCCAAACCUCCUGGUCUCAUCCUGCCUGAUUUGCUCUGAAAAGCUACUCUGUGAAGUACCAACCGGGUUUUGUUUUUUUCUUUUUUGUUUUUGUCACACCCAUGAGUGACAGGGAUCAAUGAACAGAAUGCAAGUACUGCAAAGUUCACCUCCAUGAAUCUAUAUGAAGAAUUCCCCAAGAGGUGGGGGGUGAGGGGCUGCUUAAGUUCCCUCUUCCUACAGACAGCCCAAAUGUGUCCUCUGGUUCCCACUGCCAGUCCUUGGGGGCUGAGGUAAAAUUGCCCUCCCCAAACUGCUUGUGGCACCAGACAUUGGCUAACUCAUCUCCUGCUCUCUUAAGGUGUUUUAAAAUAUGGACCACGAUUUUCUGCAUCCGAGGAAUACUUUGCUGCUGCAGUAUUGAAACUGUGAAGAAUUGACAUUUGAAGAAAACUAAAUUAUUAUUGUAGGACUGGAAUUGGCAAGAAUGUUUUGAGCCAGUGCUUAUUUAUAACUAGAACACUUACUGUCCUGUGAAGUAGAGUGCAUUUAUCCUCAUUGUGUUCAUGUCUGAAACGAAUAAAAAUGGGAAAUUGUGAUUAAA